UGGCGUGUAAGCUUUUCGAAACCGUUAGACUACCGACGAAAGCUUACGAUUUAGUCGCUCUCGACACACGCUGCAUUAAGGGUGGAAAGCGAAAAACGUCCCGAGCAAAAGCAAAACAAACUUGAAGGUGCGAAUAAAAAUCAAAGAGCAGCAACCAACAACAAUAGCUUAAGCAGCGCAUCUCAAACUGCAGGCAUUUCGCGAUUUGUGUUAACAAAGGCACGCAACAGCUACGUACAUAUAUAUCUCACAGUAUAUAUAUACCUUAUCAUGUUAUUUAUGUGCCAUCAAAAAACCAUGAAGCGGGAGGCCCAAGAGAAGCUCAAAGCGGAGCAGCUGCGUAAGGCACAAGCCGCUGCGGAAAUUCCAAUUAUCUGGAUUCUGGGCGGUCCUGGCAGCGGCAAGGGCACACAGUGCGCCAAAAUUGUUGAGAAAUAUGGUUUCACGCAUCUCAGCAGCGGCGAUCUGCUGCGCGAUGAGGUAGCCUCCGGCUCGGAUAAGGGACGUCAGCUGCAGGCUAUUAUGACCAGUGGUGGCUUGGUGCCCAAUGAAGAGGUCCUUUCGUUGCUUAAUGCGGCAGUAUCACGCGCCAAGGGAAACUCUAAGGGCUUUCUCAUUGAUGGCUAUCCGCGCGAGAAGAGCCAAGGCAUUGCCUUUGAGCAGACUAUUGCGCCCUGCGAUCUGGUCAUCUACUUUGAGUGCUCCGAGGAGUCGAUGGUGAAGCGCAUAAUGAACCGUGCCGCUGCAGCCGCCGUAAAGCGUGCCGAUGACAACGAGGAGACAAUACGCGCUCGUCUGCACACUUUUAAGAUGAACACCAGCGAGAUUUUAGCGCUAUAUGCGGAUAAGACCAUGACGAUAAAUGCUGAGCGUGAUGUGGAGGAUAUUUUCAUGGAGACCGUCAACAUUAUUAAUUGUUUGAUGCAAAAGAAGGCGAAAGCCAGCGCUAGCUGUUAAUAACAAUGAACUUAGUCUAGCUAUUGCUGUAAACCAAAAAAUAAUUUUUGAGCAACUCACUUUUUAAUAUGCACAAAUGCAAGCGUAACACCAAAUUUAUCUAAGUAGUUAAUUAGUCAAAUAUUUAAAUGCACGUAUGUUUGUACAUAUUUGUAAUAACAAC